AUGACCGAGAUAAAACAACCGCCUUGCUGCAGAAUACAUCUCAGCCCGUUACAAGACGGUUUCUUCUUUGAGUGCGACGCUGUUCAAGGGUCGUGUGCACGAAGUACAGCUGUUCCACCGCUUUCUUUCCAGACACGGGGGAAUCUAGAAUUUCAUCAGGCUUUGGCGUUUCCACGGUUCGAAGUGUCAUUUCAAGCUCUACAAGGAGAGGAGCUGGAUAGCGAAAUUGACCAUGUGGAAGAAGGCGUGGCUGCGCUGAAGGAGCGGCAGGAUGAGGCAAUUCAAGCUCAGAAACUCGCAGAGAGUUUCAGUGGUACUAGGCGCCGCAAUGUGCAACAGGCGAAGAACAACGAAGCAACUGCAGCGGGUGAUUCUGUCUCUAAAGAAAAGGCUUCUUUUCGCAUACCCGCGGCAAAGAGGUCACUCGUCGAAACCAAGCCGACUGACUGCCUGCCUGAAUCAGAAGCGAAUGUCGCAGCAGUCCCGCCCGAGCCAGCGACACAGAAAGAGGUUCUGCAGGACGUGCUGGCUGCGGAGGAGGAGGUGCGCGAGGUGGAAAGCCAGCAGCAGGCUGAAGCAAACAAAGAGAUCGAGGAGGAGCUGCAACAGCUGUUAGAGGAGCACCAACACGCCCAUGCUGCGGCUGCUGCAGCGUCUGCAGCACACGAAGCAGUAGAAACACAAGCAGCCAGAGCAUCUGGAGCGGAACAAGGGGUUGUGGCUCACUCCCAAGGCAAAGGAGUCCAUGCGGCCCAAUCAUCAGCAAUGGCUGCACCUGCCACGGCUUCCGAAUGCGGCAGCAGCAACAUAUCAACUGCACCCGUAGCAGGAGGCACAGAGGCAGCAGCAACACAAGCAGAAUGGAAGGAUAAGACAAAGAGAAACGGAGGCAAAACAGCGGCAGAUGACGAUGGGAACCCGAAAAUAGACCCCCACUGCAAUACAACCAACCAUCGAAUUCAUGAAGACAGGAAAAACAAAACAGAUGCUGCAAACAACAAUCAGCGGGAAAAGGCAGAGAGAACGGUCGGAGGCUCAAUUAAACCUGGACGCAAACCCCCUAUCUAG